GGAAGACCCACCACGGGGACGAGAGGAAGAGGAAGAGGAAGAGGGGACCCCCUUGCCCUCAUGCAGAAGUGGCCGGAAGGAAGCCGUACGUGCCGUUCAAGCUUCGCCUCACACCCUUCGUGGCCACGCGCUGCGCGUGCUGCUGUCGCAGCGGCCUCGCCGGGCGUUCCUGCGGGGCCUGGCGCCGCCCCACGGCGUCCAGCAGCUGACGAGCCUCGGCGUGGCGGGGGGGCCCGGCAGCUCCGCAGGCGGCGGCCACGCCUCCAAGUGGAGAGCUCGCGCGGCCUCGGCGACCUCGGCGGGGAACCGUUGGACAUCGGCGCGGUCAAGCGCCAGAGGCGAUCGGCCGCCCUCCACGACGACCGCUCGCGGGCCAAAGAAUGCGACCACGGGGCCAUAUUUUCUUCGAGCAGCUCUCUCGGGAUCGGCCAUGCAAAGCAGGAGGUUGUGGCGAAGCCUGAGGAUGACGUGUUCGGUCUGGACGCUGUCGGGGUGCCCCCUGGCGACGCGUUUGGAAUCGACGAAAGCAAAGAGGAGCCGGUCGAUGAGAAGGAUACAUUGUUUUGGGGACAUGCCGAGCAAAUUGAGGGUGUUGGCCAGAUGAGUCAUACCAGAAGAAAGAGAUUGCUCGUCAGGCCGAACAGCGGGCUCAAAGACGCCCCGAUUUCAAAACGGGCACGGCGUGAUUGCAAGACGAGCCCAUUUGUUCGAGCUUCAGCAUCAACUGCGAAGCCUGAGCUACAGGACGGCGCCGACUUCAAGACACGUGGCGUAGGCUUGGACGGCAUAAUUUCUGUGGGCAGCCAGCUUGGUCUGACCACUGAAGAUCUGAGCGACGUGCUGGGGGAGCCGAAGGACGAGGCCAAGACCGAAGAGGCAGAGGGUUUGAGCAGCGAGCUGCCACCGGUUUUACGCGCAGCUGCGGAGGACCCCCGCGGCCUUCUGGAGACUAUUGUCGACAGCGACUCCGACGGAGCGGCGUCCGGCGAGCGGAGGCCCGCGGAGGCGCUCGUCGCGGAGGCCUCGCCGGAGGCGCUGGCGGCGCGCCUGCGCGCCUGCGCGGCGGCGCUGGCCUCCGGCAAGGCGGGGGCUCGCGGCCGGGGGACCGGGCAAGGCCGCCGCGGUGCUGAAGCGGCGCCAGGUGGCUGUGCAGGAGGCCAUCGAGCUCCUGGCCCAGGCGCGCGAGGCCGACGGCGAGGCCGGCGGGGCCCCCGGAGAUGCGCCCGCCGUGGCGCUGGCGCGGCUGCGCGAGGAGAAGGAG